AUCUAGCGCCCAGUGCGCUUGUGUAUCUCGAACUCUCCUCUUACGAAGAUUACCCCCUGGGGAAGGCAGAAUAAUCACCAUGGUCCUCACGCACACGACCAAAGACAGCUACUCGCACCCCUUCCCAACCGUCACGCUCGCCUUCUUCCUCCGCUACUGCUCGCCGCAGCUCAACCCGUUCGCCAGCCAUGUGCUCAGCACCGACACGAUCUCGUCGCACGUCGACCCGGCCACCGGCCGCCUGCACACGACACGCAUCCACCUGAAGAAGUCGCGCCUGCCGCCCGCCGUCAUGAAGCUGCUGCCCACGUCGCUGACCGGCGGCACGUCGGACAAGGCGUCGUACAUCCUCGAGACGAGCGUGGUCGACAUGCGCGAGGGCUGGAUGGCGACCGAGAGCCGGAACCUGAACUACGUCGGCGUGCUGUCCGUCGUCGAGCGCCAGCUCUACACCGUGCCCGCGGCCCGGCCGUCGCCGGCGGCGGAUAGCACGGACGUCGAGACCAGGGUGGUGUUCCGGUCGCGGCUGGGCGACCGCAUCCGGGACAAGCUCGGCCAGGCGCAGGCCCAGGCCGAGGCGGCGGCGAACGACGGCAGCGGCGGGUUCUUCGCGCGGCUCGGGGCGCGCGGCAUCCAGCGCAGCAUCGAGUCGCUCGCGUCGACCAAGACGCAGGACCAGCUGGGCAAGAGCCGCGAGGGCAUGCGCAUCAUCCUGGAGCGGCUGCGGCAGACGGGCAUCAUGGGCGUGCUCGAGCUGAGGAAGAUGGCCAGGGAGCGGAGCCUGGAUGCUGCCCAUCCCUGACCAUCGAGUGGGCCGUCCACCUUGCCCGUGCUGGUGCUCGUGCUUGUUUGGCCAGCCUCGUGCGAGCGCGAGACGCAGCAGCCUCGCUGAUGAAGCC